AUGACUAGAUCUCCAAAGUCCUGUACACAUUCACAGAGUAAGGAGCAGAGCGGGGUCCUCAGCUACCUGUUCCAGAUGGGUGCUGGGCGCAGCAGUCCCGCUAAGGAGCGCUUUCUCACAUUUGCCCACCGGCCGGCCGGCGCAGUCCAGCAGGGCGCCAGGGCGGCGGGCUGCGGCCCCGCGGGACGGCUGGGCGAGGGGUCGCGUGUUCGAGCCCGGCGGGGGGCAGCGGCCCUAGGCCCCGGGGAGCUCCCCAUCCAGGAGGGGCCCGCGCCAGGCCAGAAGGUUUCCGUGUUCUGUCUGGACUACACCACCAAGCGUCUGCCCCAGAACACAGAUGCUGGGGGCGCGGGGGGCGGCGGAUGGACGAAGAGACUGGAGGGCUUCCUAGGCUGCCUGGGAAGCCCUGCAGGCCUGCAGCCCGAGGUGCUGGAGCCCGGGAGGAGGCGGGCGGACGCGCGGCGGGGCAGGCUCCUGCUGGCGGCGGCUGCCCUGCGUCCGGCGUCCGCGUGCGGCAGAGCAGCUCCGCUCCUCGCUCGGCCUCCUCCGCCGCCCCGCGCCUUUCACGGCGACCUCCCUGUCUUCCUGCCGCCUGCUUUCGCGUGCUCGCUUCCCACUGCGCCGCCCGCGCCCCGGCCCGGCGUCCUGCAGCCCCCGGGCUCCGGUUCCCGGACGGGCGCGCACCUCGGCACCUCCACCCCAGCGCCCUCCAGCAAGGACCUCAAGUUCGGCAUCGACCGCAUCUUGUCGGCGGAAUUCGACCCCAAAGUGAAGGAAGGCAACACUCUGAGAGACCUCACGUCUCUGCUGGCCGGGGGGCGGCCAGCUGCCAUGCACCUCUCCGGGCUGCAGCCCUCCGCCAGCCAGUUCUUCGCAUCCCUGGAACCCAUGAACGAGGCCUCAGCCAUCCUCAGCCCCUUAAGUUCCAACCCAAGGAAUUCAGUUCAGCAUCAAUUCCAAGACACGUUUCCAGGUCCUUACGCUGUGCUCACCAAGGACACCAUGCCACAAACGUACAAGAGAAAACGCUCCUGGUCGCGCGCGGUCUUUUCUAACCUGCAGCGGAAGGGCCUGGAGAAAAGGUUUGAGAUCCAGAAGUACGUGACCAAGCCGGACCGAAAGCAGCUGGCUGCAAUGCUGGGCCUCACAGAUGCACAGGUGAAAGUGUGGUUCCAGAACCGGCGUAUGAAGUGGCGGCACUCCAAGGAGGCCCAGGCACAGAAGGACAAGGACAAGGAGGCCGGGGAGAAACCUUCAGGGGCAGCCCCUGGCGAGGGUGAUCAGGAAGAGCAGUGCCCCAGCCGCUCCGAGGGUGAGCCAGAGAGUGAGACCAGUGACUCCGAGUCCCUGGACAUGGCCCCUAGCGACACAGAGCGGACUGACGGGGCCGAACCUCCUCUGCAUUCAACCACAGUCAUCAAGCCCUCAGCUGCUGCUGCCCUGGUCACAGCUGGUGGCAGCAGUGGUGGUGGCUGCACUUUUGGCUUCAGCAGCCCAGGCGGCAUUGGGGGCUCCAGCGUCAGCACCGGCAUGGGCAGCAGCACCACGGAGCUGCUUCCCGAGCCCCAGUCUGCUGGAGGUGGCGGCGGUGCUCCCCAAAGUCCUGCACCCAGCCAGGCCCCACUGGCAGGCGGCUUGUAGACUGCUGAGGACAGAGGGCCCCCAGCCCUGAGGGCAGCUGCCGGCAGCAACUGGGCUCCCUAUGGGCUUUGCUUUGGCGGGACCGAGGCGGUGGAGAUGCGGAAGAGCGCUGGCUCCUUCUCCACUGCUGGACCUGCAGCUGCUCCUGCCCUGGACACCGAAGCCCACCCUGGAAGUGUCGGACUGAGCCUCCUUCUUGAACCUAGUGAGGGUUGUGGCAGAAAGACGCCGUGCGUGGCAAGCCAGAAACUGUAAAUAAAAUGUUUACUAUGGUUUGUAAAAGGCCCGUGGCUUCCUGGGGAGGCCAGGAGGUGAAGGACUAGGAUCUCCCACCCAGGAUAUAUAACCUGGCCUGCCCUGCAGCAGCAGCUCUGGUGGGACAGAGGCAUAGGAGAGUGUUUUGCUCAGGGCGGCAGUCCUGCAGAGUGCUCAGAGCUCAUUUCACAGGAUGCAGAGGGUGGUGGCCUGAGCCAGCACUGAGGUGGGUCCUGCGCGUGGCCGAGAGGUGCAGCCAGGGUCCAUAGGUAUCUCUUUGGACUGAGGCUGAGACAGAGUUGGAGUAUGUGGUAUUGGUGUCGGACAGAGACAUCCCAGGUUUCCGAUCAACCCCUAUUGGAGUCCUGGGACUCUCUCCCUGGCCGGGCGCUGGGGCACAGACCGGUCUGCAGUGUCCUAAUCAUUGGGCAGCAGUUGUCUAAAUAGCUGCACAGCAAGCAGGUGACUUGCUCACGGUGCGCAGAAGCAGGGCCCACGCCAGCGCCCGGCCUCCAGGCCUUUGUGGGCAGAGUGAAGCUGUGAAACUGCACUUCAUCCCGCCCAACCCGCCUUGCAGAAAGUUCCUGUGGAAUCCAAGCUGGAGCUGCAACUAGCACCCCUCUGCUCCACGCCACUGCUGCUGGGAGGGAGGAGCCCGUGGGAAUGGGCUUGGAAGCUUUGCUUGUUUCUGAGGCUUGCGGGCCACACCUCUUCCCAAGACCUGCUGCCCUUUCAAGGACCAUGUGUCUUCAGGUGGUAAAUACUCUGCUGAGAUUUUGAAACAAAAAAACCCGUCUCCAACGUGUUUGGUCCCCAGCAGGCGGAGGACUCCAGUCCUCGGCCACACCUGGCUCAGCCCUUCUGUGGGGCUGUCGGUUGCAUUUUCUUUCACACUUUUGCUCCGGACCCCACUGCAGCCUGGUCUGUGGAGGAGAAAAGACCACAUGUGGAGCCGCUGUGCUCUGGCUAGGCCACUCCCAGCCUGGCUUAGCCUCUGGAGGAGAGUGUAGGGGGAGUGGAGAGUGUCCUGCUGUCCAGCAGAAAGCGAUGGCGAGCACUCCACUAAAUGAGGACUUGAGGGGGCUGUUGCUCCCUAGCUGUUCCCAUGAGAAUCUGGGGAGGGUGGCUCCCCCACCUGUGUGGGCUCAGGCAGGCUGGGAUCCUUCUUCCAGGCCACUAUAAGCUUUGAUGUCCCAACUGCUACAUUCUCUGUGCCUCAAGUUUUGCCUAUCACUCAUAUUAAUUUCCUGUGUUCCCCAAAUACUUGAAAUUCUGAACCCAGGGAGUCCCAAGAGUGCUGAGGCACUGAAGACCCAUUUGGGAGUUGGGUCCCCAGCAGGCAUAUUUCUAGACGGAUCAGUGGAGGGUGUCGCGCUGCCCAGGCUAGGCCACGAGGGGCUUGUGUGGGCCAAGUACACCACUUCCAGGGACCUGGGCUGCCUCAGGGGCGGCUUCUUGCAGGCUGUCUUGACUGGCAAGGGCCCCUGCUUCCCUUGUAGGAGUUAGACAGGCCCUGUCACUCUGCCAGGCAGGGAGUGGGCCUGGACUCCCAGGGAAUGAAGCGUCGGGCCGCACCCUGCCAGAGGCU